AUGGACAAGUCAGGCCAAGUUUCGCAUGUGGAACAACCUACAAAAGAGAGUGCCCGCAAUGCUCUCGACGCCCAGAGCCAGAUGGGCUUCUGCGAGGCCCUGCGGCUCUAUCCUAGGGCUGUGCUCUGGUCCGUGGGCUUAUCCACUGCCGUGAUCAUGGAAGGAUACGCUGUAAUGCUGCUUUCCAGUUUCUACGCACUGCCCCAAUUCAACCGCAAAUAUGGCCAGCUCCAGUCAGAUGGAUCCUAUGUCAUAUCUGCCCCCUGGAAAUCGGGACUGUCGAACGGUGCGCUCUGUGGUGAGAUCCUCGGGCUUCUCAUAACGGGUAUAUGCCAGGACCGAUUCGGGUAUCGCAUCACCAUUCUCGGUGCGCUCUGCUUGGUGACGGCAUUCAUCUUCCUCUUGUUCUUCGCACAGAACGUAGAGAUGCUGUUGGUUGGCGAGAUCCUCUGUGGUCUGCCCUGGGGGGCAUUUCAGACAAUCACCACCGCGUACGCGUCCGAAGUUUGCCCGGUCGCACUCCGAGCAUACCUAACCACCUACGUCAACCUUUGCUGGGUCCUGGGCCAGUUCAUUGUCUCCGGAGUAUUGAAAGGGGUGCUCGACCGGCAGGACCAGUGGGCCUACCGGAUUCCGUUUGCCGUGCAGUGGGUAUGGCCGAUACCGUUGAUGGUCAUGUGUAUCUUAGCGCCAGAGUCUCCCUGGUGGUAUGUGCGGCAAGGCCGGCUGGAAGAAGCACGACGCAGCCUGGUGCGUUUCAUGAGCGGCCCGCACGACGUGGUGGACGAAAACCUGGCGAUGAUGCAGCACACGAACGAGCUCGAGAAAGAAAUAUCCGCAGGGACAUCGUAUUGGGAAUGCUUCCGAGGGUCCAACCUGCGGCGGACGGAGAUAGUGUGUGUCACCUGGCUUAUACAGGUCAUCUGUGGAUCACAGCUGAUGGGCUAUUCAACGGUGUUUUAUAUCGCGGCCGGGAUGGACGAGAGCGCGUCCUUCAGCAUGUCGCUCAUCCAGUACGCGCUCGGAGCAGUGGGUACGGUGCUAUCAUGGUUCCUCCUGGCAAGACUGGGGCGGCGGACUCUCUACUUGUAUGGGUCCUUGACUCUUUUCAGUCUUCUCAUGGUUAUUGGGUUCGUAUCGCUGGCUCCACGUGGAAGUAGCACAAACUGGACAAUUGGCGCACUGCUGUCGAUUUUCACAUUUGCGUACGAUCUCACUGUCGGCCCGGUCUGCUACUCGCUGGUUUCGGAGCUCUCGUCGACACGACUGCGGGCCAAGUCAAUUGUCUUAGCUCGCAAUGUGUACAACUUUGGAGGUAUAGUGGUGAACAUCCUGAUCAACUACCAGCUCACAUCAACUGCAUGGAACUGGGGAGCACGGUCCGCUUUCUUUUGGGCAGGGAUAUGUUUCUGCUGCGUGGUCUGGAUCUUCUUCCGCCUCCCUGAGCCAAAGGGACGAACAUAUGCUGAGCUUGAUGUUCUCUUUGCGGAUAAGGUGUCUGCGCGCAAGUUCAGUUCCACUCAGGUCAAUGUUUUCCAAUCGGCGGGUACGCCAGCUCAGUGA